AUGGAAGAAUCAACUGGCAAAAAGUUUGAAGAAUUAACUGAAGAAUUGGAACAAAUUAAUAAUUUGGAUAACCAAUUAUGUUUUGUUAAAGUUGUAAAUAAAUGGAAAGAGAUUAAAGAAAAAUGUAAUGAAGCUCCUUGGUUUACGGAUGAUUGUUGUGAAGCUAAAUGUAUAAAUACAGAAAACCCUGUUGGUAUUUGUGUUAAGGGAAAUGGUUUUGUUAAUUUGAUUGAUGAUGAAAAAAUUGAAUAUAUUGAUUCAAAGAAGGAUGAUCGUUAUGGUUAUUCUUUAGCUAAACAAUUUUAA